UGAUGCAGAUCGCGUCGCUCGGUCAGCUGUAAUCCGUGUCGGUGAUGAAAAUGUGUCUGAAAAACGCAUAGCCAGUAGUGACGGUGAUGUAAAACUCACCUUGCGUCGUUGUUAAAAUUAUUCGUGCAGAGCAGCAGGAGAGAUGGACCCGUCCAGGAGGAGCGAGAGUGACUGGCAGGGGCUGGUCAGCGAGUUCCUGGUUUGCAAGCAGAAGCUGGAGAGUAAGACAGAAGCUCUUCUGAUUCUGUCUAAAGAGCUGGACACCUGCCAGCAGGAGAGGGAUCAGUACAAACUGAUGGCCAACCAGCUCCGCGAACGACACCAAGGACUCAAGAAGAAGUACAGGGAACUCAUUGAUGGAGAUACCUCUCUGCCUCCGGAGAAGAGGAACCAAGUGAAUUUAGCUCAGCUGCUCAUAGACUCCAGAGAAAAAAGCAGUCAACUUUCUGAGGAGGUGAAGGAGCUGAAACAACGACUGUUGGAAGCGCAGGGCGACAAUAAGCUUCUCCGGAUGACCAUCACCAAACAGAGGCUGGGAGACGAGGAGGUCGGCGCUCGACACUUCCCGGCACAUGAGAGGGAGGAUCUGGUCAAACAGUUGGAAAGAGCGAGAGAACAGAACGAGGUGCUGGAGCACAGCGUGAAGUCGCUCACAGACGAGCUUCAGGAUGUCCGAGCAGAACGGGACGUGUUUCAGCAGAAGGCUCAUCGGCUCAACGUGGAGAUGAACCACAUCGUGGGGAACGAGACUCGGCUUUUAGACAUAGACGCGCUCUGCAUGGAGAACAGGUACUUGCAUGAGCGGCUAAGUCAGUUCCAAGAGGAGGUUAACCUGCUCAAAACCAAUCUGAUAAAGUACAAGAGUGCCCUGGAGUGCAGGAGAACCUCUAAAAUCUGCGGGAAACCCAACAGCAGUGCCCUGACCGGGGUGCUUUCAGCUAAACAAGUUAAGGAACUGUUGCUGUCUGAAGAAAACGGUUGCAGUUUGCCGGUGACUCCUCAGUCCAUCUCAGACCUCAAGUCUCUCGCCACAGCUCUGCUGGAAACCAUCCACGAGAAGAACAUGGUGAUUUCUCACCAGCGGCAAAUCAAUAAGAUUCUUGGAUGUCGAGUGGCAGAGCUGGAGAAGAAACUGAAAACAUUGGAGCUGUCGGGAUUAUGGAGCCUUCCAGGUCUGACUUAUAAUGUGUCUCUGGGAAUAUGUGGAAGAGGAAAAGACACCAUCAUCCCGAACAGUCAGCAGGUGGAGUCACCAGAUUCUCCCGGACAUGGAGGCGACAGGGGGUCUGAAAAUAUUCCCACAGAGGAGCAGAGUCCCCUAGAAGUUCCAAACGAAAGCAGUGAAACAGUGGCUGUGUCAGGUUUUCAGGAUGCCUCCCCACCACCAUCCAUCACAGAGACCUGCCAGCAGAACUCUUCUCAGCAGCUGGUUGAGGGCGAGCUAGCGCGCCCUCCAUCGGAAAUGCCAAAUACUGACGAUCAGUGUCAUGACAGUGCACAUCCACACACCGCGACUGAUUGUUUAACAAAAGAUGACGAGUGUCCGAGUGACUCUGUCGAUGAAGCGACGUGCUCGGAGAAAACCCACCCAUCAGACCCUUUUCACUCACAGCAUCCUUCAGAGAACUCGGUGCCGACAGGAGGAAGAGAGGAGGAGGAAUCAGAUGGACGAACUGAAGGAGAGGAAGCUCUUGAGCCUGAGUCGAUUAUAUCAAAGGAAAAUAUUCAUGUCGUUUCCUCGACUACGGUCUCUACUUCUGCUUCUGAAGAGCAGCAGGAGGACGUCCAACUGAACCUGGUAGCAGAUGUGUGCGAUAACCAGGACACAAGUCUUCCAGAAGCUACUCAGAUGCAGCACAGCAUUUAAAAAGAAGAAAAAGAUGAUCUUUUCUUUUUUUUAUCUAAAGUCCAACAGAACAUGAUAGCUUUCUCAUUCAAAAAAAUGAAUAAUCUAAAGCAGAUUUUCCUGCUUUCACUCGGCCCACUUUCAGACUGUAGAAUACACCGAUCAGCCACAACAUUAAAACCACUGACAGGAGAAGUUUUGGACCUGGCGUUAAGAAGACCCCUGUUCAUUCCCUCAUGAGUCACAAGGAAACCUACACUAAUAUUAACAUGGUGGUCAUAAUGUUAUGCCUGAUUGGUGUAUAUUAGUUGUGGAGAAUGAUGGCGAUAAACCCAAACAAGGGCUAUCUAAUGUGUCUGAUAUGACUGUCAUGCUACAUGUAUUUUCUUGAAUGUUUGUCACAUAAGAAAGACUAAAAUUUAACUUAACGUGUUAUAUUUCUGCUGCUAGCUCUUGAGAAAUACAUUUAAUUGGAUAUUUUUUCACAUAGGAAAUGUAAAGGCACUAAGUACCUUUGCUUCAGUGAUGCUACUGAUCAUCACAAGACAGAGGAGGCGCUGCUCAAUAACAAAAUGUCUGUCGGACAGUUCCUCUUCAUCUUCCUACCUCUGUAUGACCCACUCAUGUGAUGUGAAAGAAACUUACUGCGAACGCUGUUGGAGAUUUUAGGUUGAGCUUUAUUUGAUUCAUCGAACGCAGUAAAACAGCAUAACUUGUGUGUAUUCGUUUUACAUGGUGAAGUAUUCAUUCCUUCAGUUCUUCCAAAUAGAUUUUGUCUAAAAGCUACACUCGUGUUUAAAACCAAACAUCCUUAUAAAAGUCACUUUUAAUGACAAAAUCGUAGGAUUAUCAAAGCUAUUUAAAAUGCUGCAUGAAUAUAUUACGAGCCCAAUGCGUAUUUUUGUCCACGCUUAGAUAAAAGAAAUGUUGACACUGAGCAGUUCAUAGUAAAGAAUACAUUUAUAGACUUUAACAGUUGCACAAUGAAAUCACAUCUGUAUUACCAGCACUGAUGUCUUCAACCUGUUUUUUUGUGGUAGAAAUAGAGGUAAUAAUAAUCCAAUAAAUUCACCAGACAAAAAUGACA